CGCCCCCUCGCGGCCGCGGAGUCGCAGUCCAGAGGCACCGGGCAGGGAGGGGCGCGCAGGCCGCAAGCCCCUGACCUUGUCCGGACCCAGAGCGGACUCGAGAGACCUCCCGCCAGUCCUGCCCCGGGAUGGGCGGUGCGGGGAGGUGGAGGAACGGCUGUCACUGCCAGGUCCAGGCCCCGCGCCUUCCCCUCUCCUCCGCCCCUCCUACGGGUGCUCCAGGCCAAGCAGCACAACAAGUCAGAAGAUUCCAGAGAAGAGGAUAGAGAUGGAGAUGGUGGAGUCCAGGUGGGGGCGCGCUCGGCAUCAUCACUGCAUCUCUUGGAAUUCCCUCACAUGCACCAUGAACAUCUCUCAUAUCCUGGCCUUGCUGCUCCCAGGAUCCCCACAGGGUCAAAACAGCAGCAAGUCAAAGGGCACUCCAUACAACUUCUCUGACCACUGCCAGGAUUCGGUAGAUCCAAUGGGCUUCAUUAUCACCUCCUACAGCAUCGAGACCAUUGUGGGGGUCCUGGGCAACCUCUGCCUGAUAUGCGUGACCAUUAGGCAGAAGGAGAAGGCCAAUGUGACCAACCUGCUCAUUGCCAACCUGGCCUUCUCUGACUUCCUCCUGUGCCUCAUCUGCCAGCCACUCACAGCCAUCUACACCAUCAUGGACUACUGGGUCUUUGGUGAGGCCCUUUGCAAGAUGUCAGCCUUCAUCCAAUGCAUGUCAGUGACAGUCUCCAUCUUCUCACUCGUCCUUGUGGCCCUGGAGCGGCAUCAGCUGAUCAUCAACCCAACAGGCUGGAAGCCCAGUGUCUUCCAGGCCUACCUGGGGAUUAUUGCCAUCUGGCUCAUUGCCUGCUGCCUCUCCCUGCCCUUCAUGGCCAACAGUGUCCUAGAGAAUGUCUUCCACAGGAACCACUCCAAGGCUGUAAAGUUCCUAGAGGAUAAGGCAGUCUGUACUGAGUCCUGGCCAGUGGACCACCACCGCAUCAUCUACACCACCUUCCUGCUGCUCUUCCAGUACUGCAUUCCACUGGCCUUCAUCCUGGUCUGCUACGUACGCAUCUACCAGCACCUGCAGAAGCGGAGGCAGGUCUUCUGCAAGGGCACCUACAGCUCACGGGCUUGGCAGAUGAAGAGGAUCAAUGGGAUCCUCGUGGCAAUGGUGGCUGCCUUUGCCGUGCUCUGGCUACCCCUUCAUGUGUUCAACACCCUGGAGGACUGGUACCAGGAAGCCAUUCCCAUCUGUCAUGGCAACCUCAUCUUCUUGAUGUGCCACUUGCUUGCCAUGGCCUCCACCUGUGUCAACCCUUUCAUCUAUGGCUUUCUCAACACCAACUUCAAGAAGGAGGUCAAGGCUGUGGUGCUGACUUGUCAGCAGCGCACCCCUGUGAAGGAGUAUGAGCAUCUGCCCCUGUCCACCGUGCACACAGAUGUCUCCAAAGGGUCUCUAAGGCUCAGUGACAGGUCCAACCCCAUUUAGCCAUGUUCAUUGCCAGGCUUCUUCACUUAGCUAAGUGGGCUGUGAGCUAGAGGUGGCACUCCCCACUGGCUUUCUGCAGUCCAGAUAGGCUGGCAGGAGCUUGUUUUGGUAUCCAUUUUCAUUAUGAAGCCUGACAUUCAGACAGCCCAGCUAUUUGCUCCUGGGAGAAUUCUGCAUCUGAAUUCUGCAGGUCACAGUGUGCCUUGCAGCUUGAGCAAAUGUGAUAGCCAGAGAUGGUCUGCUUGUAGCAGGCAGGGUUCAUUCUGGUAACUCAGCAACAGAUGCCACCCUGGGAGCCCUGGGGUGUCACCUCUACCAGUGAGGCUGCGAGGUCACUGUGGGGUGAAGGAAGGAGCGUGUGGAGUUAGAGCUGGGGCCCUUGGCCAGUCCCUAACCUCUGUGAGAGGUGAAGUUUGUGCACGGCCAUUAGGUGGUGAAGAAUUCAAUGGUGGCAUUACUGUUGUAUGAUCAGCAUAUGCCGCUGCAGAGAAUGGAUCCUGGUAGGCUGGGGUCCUCCCAUUCCUUUAGAGUAGGAACAUCAGCCCUGAGCAGCAGGAAUUUCAAGAUUCAUAUCUUACUCCAUCCUUUUUCUUUUUAACUUCGUCUGCUAUCUUCUAGGGAAUAAGCCUGCCGAUACCUCCCCUUGGUGAGAUUGUGCAUGCCUUGUCGGUGAUAUCUGUAUUGUCAUAGAGCUUUUGUCCUCUAUGUCUGGGACAGGUUCUGGCAUGGGGACAGUGUUCCAGACACAGUUGCCAUGGUAGAUGGAUCAUAAAGGUGCCCCUACUGAGUACUUAGCUGAAGACAGGUGCCGUGUGCUAUGGUCCAGCACGGGGUAGAAAGAAUGGAAGUUCUGUGGCCAGGAUUCUCACCUGCCUGCUGCGCACAUGUAGUGCUCACAAAGGCACAGGCUUACACACAUGCUCCAGUGCACUAUCAUUGACUCGAUGUAAAGAGCUCUGCCCAGCGCUCUGGGGCUGUGAGGUGGCAGAGAGUCCCGGAGACAGAGACCAGCUUGCUGCAUGCUGACUUGCCCUGAGGUGGACCGAUGCUAGUGUUUGACCUGCCACCAUGAGAAUAAAGCUGGGUAUAAACCCUUUUA